AUGGAGGGAUUCCCCUCACCGCCUGCCCCAUUUAAACUUUUUAUUGCAAUAUUAAGAUACGAUAGUAACAGCGGUGGUGAAAGAGAAAUUCAGAGAACCAUGCUGGAACUGCUAAAUCAAUUGGAUGGUUUUGAUAGCAGAGGAGACGUCAAAGUCGUUAUGGCAACUAAUAGAAUCGAAACACUGGAUCCUGCUCUAAUUAGACCUGGUCGUAUCGAUAGGAAAAUUGAAUUCCCAUUGCCGGAUGAAAAGACUAAGAAGAGAAUUUUCAAUAUACACACAAGUAGAAUGACUUUAGCUCCAGAUGUAAAUUUAACUGAGUUGAUCAUGGCAAAAGAUGAUUUAUCAGGAGCAGACAUCAAGGCAAUAUGUACUGAAGCUGGGUUAAUGGCGUUGAGAGAACGGCGAAUGAAAGUUACCAACGAAGACUUUAAAAAGUCAAAAGAAAGCGUAUUAUACAGAAAAAAAGAAGGGUCGCCAGAAGGUUUAUAUUUAUAA